UCACACACACCAACUUGCGCACAGACCGUGGAAAAAUAGGGGCAGAAGAUGGCUGACUUAACAGGGCAACGCAAGCCCUCAACGGCAUCAUCAACUUCACCCGGGCUGUUCCCCAGCUUGACAUUAGCCUUUGGGCAACUUUAAAGCGGCCCCGCCUCGCACUUGUCCACUCUACCCCAAUCGCAAAUAUUGACAGAGCUAUUAUAAAAAAUGGCAGAGAUGGAAAAAGAGGGCAGACCCCCCGAAAAUAAAAGAAGCCGAAAACCGGCUCACCCCGUGAAAAGAGAAAUCAACGAAGAAAUGAAGGUUCGGGCUGAGCGGGCCCACCCAUGGGCAGGCAAGGCGGGUGAUCUCCAUGGCAACCCGCCCUACUCCAUGAGUUUUGCGGAGAACACCAUGAAUGAGCUGCUUGGCUGGUAUGGCUAUGACAAGGUGGACCUGAGAGACCAGGACAAUAUCGACAUACGGAACUACCCAGAUGGAGAGACACAUCCACACAUCUCUGUCCUGAAAGAAAACUCUUUACCAAAAAUCCCAGGAGGAUCGGGGGAGAAUAGUGAUGUCUCCCCAAACCAAGCCAAUAGCUCCCACUCUACACCGACAUUGAGGAACGGAGUGACAGAGUCCUCCACCACCCCGUCCACCUCCACACCCAGCACCAGGGAGCAUGGGAACAUGCCCAUCAUAGUUCCACUGAUCCCACCCCCCAUGAUCAAGCCACCAGCAGACGAGGAUGUGUCUAACGUCCAGAUCAUGUGCGCAUGGUGUCAGAAGGUUGGCGUCAAACGCUAUUCCCUAAACAUGGGCACUGAGCUGAAGAGCUUCUGCAGUGAGAAGUGCUUUGCCGCCUGCCGCCGAGCCUACUUCAAGAGAAACAAGGCGAGAGACGAAGACGGCCGUGGUGAGAAAUUACCCCAGCACAGCUAUUCUAAGGAUACGCCCAGGCUUGUCUUCAAGACAAACAGCGAUGUGCUUGUGUGUGACUGGUGCAAACACAUCCGCCACACCAAGGAGUACCUGGACUUUGGUGCUGGUGAACGGAGGCUGCAGUUCUGCAGUGCCAAAUGCCUGAACCAGUACAAGAUGGACAUCUUCUACAAAGAGACUCAGGCGGCGCUGCGGGGCCUGUGUAACCCAGGACACGGACCUGUGGAGGGCAAGUCGGAGAGCAGCACCGGGGCGCAGCUCCUCACCCCCGAGUCCUGGGGCACGCCCUUGGGUGACUUACGUCGCAAAGCCCCUUCCCCUGGGGGAAACCCCUCUGUGCCAGUCCCCUCCAGCUCCACCGCUGCCUCUCCCUCUGAGACAGGCACUGUCUGCUCCCCUUCCUCCAAAAACCCCACGCCCAGACCCCACGAGAGCCCCACCUUACCCCCUCCCUCACACCCCUCUCUGCACUCUCCCAUGGGAGUCCCCUUGGGUAGCCCCCCAAUGGUGAUGACGCCCCGGGGACCAGUGCCCCUGCCCUUCUUCAUGGAGCACCAGAUGAUGCAGCAGAUGCGGCCACCUUUCCUCCGCCCACCUCCCCACGGCCCAGGCCCUAACAGCCCCCUGUCCAACCCCAUGAUCCCUGGCAUCGGACCACCACCACCCCUGCCGAGAAACCUGGGUCCACCAUCCAGCCCUAUGCACAGGACACAGUUCUCACCCCACCACCAUCCCUCUAACAACCUCAACCUGGGAGGGAACCCUCCAGGGAUGAUGCCACCCCAUCCAGGCCUACACAUACCCGGUUUUCCCUUCCACUCCAACAUGAUGCCAAACGGGCCCAUGCUUAUGCCACCCAUGAUGAACUUUGGUAUGCCUUCCCUCGCCCCUCUGGUUCCCCCGCCAACCCUGCUGGUCCCUUACCCUGUAAUCGUGCCCCUGCCGGUGCCCAUCCCUAUCCCCAUACCCUUCCCCUACAACCCCAAGACCUCCAAGGACAAACCCAGCAACAACAACAACCCCAUUCCCAGUGCAUCAGGGGAGGACCACAGGCCCUUCUCCCCUGGUUCCUCCAGAGGGGAUCACAAGUUUGGGCCCUCCAGUUCCGGGGUGCACUCCCCGGGCUUCUCUGGCUACAAUCUGGCCCGCUUUGGCUCUGAGAGGAGUAGGACUGACGUGGUGGACCUGACCGUGAAGACUGAGAGUCCGGCGUGUGCCUCCACCACGGCCUCCCUUCCCGAGGGCGUGAUCGACCUGACUCUGGGCCGGCGAUCGCGGCUGCAGCAGGUCAUCCAGCGGGUGGUGCCCAGUGUCCAGGUAAAGGUUGAACGAGAUGGGGACUCAACCAGCCCCCCACCUUCUGGACCAUCCCCUCUGAAUGCCUCUGGGCAGGGGAAGGGGGACAGCAGCCUAGAGGACAUGAGCCAGGAGGUCAGGGAGGCCAUUAGUGACUCUCUGGAGCCAGGCUUCCUGCCUUGUAGCCAGGCCACAUCACCAUCCCCACAGCCAAACCAAAACUCCUACAAUACCCAGCUAACAAAUCACCCUGGCACACCACGGACCCAGCCCUGCAGCCCACCUGCCCCCUGUGAUGUCAUAGUAAAUGGCAGCAGUCAACACACAGACGGCCCCAGCCGGAGCACACUACCCACAUCUCUGUCUGACCCUGGCCGGAGAGGAGGAGGAGGUUGCGGCGAACCAGCCAACUGCGAGCUGGAGCUGGAGGCGCUGAAGGAGAACAGCUGCUUGGUGCCAGAGUGGGAACCAGGUAAGAGGGGCCCAAGUGAGGAGGCAGUGCAGGGGGGCACUUGGGAAGGCAAGCUGGAAGCCAACGGCAAUCUUAUGGAUCUGGACGAUGAUGAUGACCACGCCUAUGCACUGCUGCUGCCCAAGGCUGGCUGUGUCAUCCAGCCCCUGCCAAAGCCCAGCGACAAGACGGCCAUCGUGUCAUGCAGCAUCAGCGCUCCCCUGGCAGCAGGGGCAGGGAGCCCCGAGCUGGAGCCACCGCUAAAGAGGAGGUGCCUGCGAAUACGCAAUCAGAACAAAUGAGGCAGAAAAGCUCAGACAGAUUUCAGCUCAGACAGAUGGCAGUAACUCCCCUACAGAAUGAGGUAUGCUGUUGAAGCUCUUGACAACACUAGCCUUCCACUAUCCGCCCCUCGCUCCUCCACUCCAUGAACCUCUCUCCCAGCCAACUAGCACUCCAAAUUCUAGCCUUGUCACCCUAAUCUUAACAACUCGGCACAGGCCGAGCACAAUAACCCCUGGACCAGUGGAAGUGGGACAUGGAGGCAUUCACCUUUAACCCAGACCAGACGUGUUAUUUUCUCUUGAGACACAUUCCUUUAGCCCACACUGCCCCUCUCUCCCUUCCUUCCAAAGCAAAUGCUCUGUCAGAUCUCCGCUGUCAGACUGAUAAGCCACAAUGCUAAGCCAAUAGAUUUACCAGCAGUUUUGUGUUUGCUGGAAGAGGCCUAUGGUAGCAUUUCUAGCCAAUCUGUUCCAAAGUGAAAGGUGUAGCAUUUUUAUGUGGCAAGAAAGUCAGGCUAAAGUCAUCCCCACCCACCCCCCACCUUUGCAUGAUCACAACCAGCACAAAAUGCUAACCUCCAACCCCCAUCCCACCAUUGAGGGUGACAGGACAUUUGUUUUGAACUGGAAACCAAAAAGAGACAUCUCAUAAUGGAAGGUAACAAUCAGAGGGAGACAUUUUCUGAGCCUCACAGGUUGAGGAAUAAUAACAAGAAAAAGAGGAGCGGUGAAAUCCUUGUGUUCUGACUGUAGCACUAUUCCUGGAGAUACCAGGGGCCCCUUUGCGUCACAGAACCUUUCUCUUGUGGAGCAGUGGGGAUAUCUCCACAAUAAAAGGAGACCUUGGCACUAUUGAACUGCUCAUCUUCAGUGGGUUUCAUGGUCAUAAAAGACAAUAAUUUUCAAGUUUAUCCUCACUCACUGAUUUGUGGACAACAGGGUAGAGACCUCACCAGCAAACGACGGUGGGUAACUGUGGACAAUGUGCAAUCUCUGCCAACGUGGAGGCUAUUUUGCUUCUCUGCAAGCCCCUGGUCAGACAAAAUCAGAUGUGUAAUUCUAAUUGUAAUCAUCACGGCUGUAUUUACAUUUUUAAUACCGCAAUGAUAUUGAUGAUAAUGAUAUAUCUUCAGCCACAUCUCUGAUGUGUACAGUAAGGUUAUGGUAAUGAUGUGACUUUCAUCAUGGAAGCAAAAAUAUGACUGCUGCUUAUCACACCACAAAGGGAUUGCGUCAAUCGAGAGUUGAGACCACAGCCAUUAGCAUUGUUUCGUCACUAGUGCUCAGGGUCGUAAUGUUGCACUAGGAUUUAUCAUUGACAAGGGAAGCUGGCUCUCUUAAAUCAAAUUUGCUUGUCAGUCAUAGAUAAUUCUCUGGAAACACUGGUCCAAACGUACUGUAGAACCUAUUUGUAAAGUCAAACUACUGAAACAAAUUAAUCAAUUCUUUAAUGAGUCAAAGAUUUUGUCAUAUUUACAUUAUGAUAUGGGGAAUCAUCUCACUUCCCUGUCCUUCCCCCUCUUCAAAAUGUUGUCAUUUGCAAGUGUUAAUCUGUCUGCAUUAUAACAUUUUGGCAGUGUAUAUUUAGCUUCAUUCUAGUCUAUAUUGCCGGUAGACACGAACAGACCCCCCACACACACUAGUUGGUGCUUGGUGAUCUGAAAGGACUAAGAGUCUAUUGAGGGACAUAAUGACGAACCUUAUGUAUUAUUACCCAAAAUGAGUUGCACUUACAGUACAUGUUGCCAAAUUGGUGGGUAGUGUACCACAUGGGGGUGUCAAAAAGGCUCUAAGUUUGUCAGUUGCACAUAAAAAUUAGAAAGCAUCAUGUUGCUUGUCAGGUUCAAAUAAAAGUAUUUCUUUUGGUGCAAAGAUUUCUCCCUAUAGACUUCUGUCGACAAAAAAUUAGCUCUUUCGAUUUUCAUGCUUUAUCUGUCCAGCCAAAACCUCCAGUUUCUUUGCCAACUUCUUUUUCCAUCUCUCCCAUUUCCCUUUGGGUCUGAACCCUCUUUCUCUUCCUCUGAACGCAGAUGGGAAGUGUAAUUCCACACACCAGCCAGAGCUAUGGGUUGCAUGUUUUAUUACAAAAAUGGGAGAGUUACACACAUAAACAUACACACACAUGAAUGCAUUUGCAGACACGCACAGCAACGACUCACCACCCUCCAUGAUGUACUCUCUCACACGCACAUGCACACACACUGACUAAAAUGAUGUUUAGAGAUUCAUUCUCUCUCCUUCCAUGUAUGGUUCCAACUGCUCUAUCUUGACCUCCUCCCCGAUGACAGUAGUGUUUGCCAGUGUCUGUGUAUGCCAAGCAGGUGGAACCAGAGACCAAUGUUCAGAUUAGAGACUGUUGACUCAAAGUAAGCACUGCAAUACAAUCUGCCGCAUGGUAGUCAGGCAUUUAGGCUUCGCCUGUCCUGUGCCAAGACUAGGAUUCUGUGUCACAGUAAUUAUUUUCUUGAAUUUCCAGUCUUAAAAAUAAAUAUAUAUACUGUACCAGUCAAAAGUUUGGACACACCUACACAUUCAAGGGUUUUUCUUUAUUUUUUUACUAUUUUUACAUUGUAGAAUAAUAGUGAAGAUAUCAAAACUAUGAAGGUACACAUAUGGAAUAAUUUGGUAACCAAAAAAGUGUUAAACAAAUCAAAAAAUAUUUUAUAUUUGAGAUUCUUCAAAAGUAGCCGCCCUUCGCCUCGUUGACAGCUUUGCACACUCUUGGAAUUAUCUCUACCAGCUUCAUUAGUGGCAGGUAGCCUAGUGGUUAGACGUUGGGCCAGUAACCAAAAGGUUUAUAGAUCAAAUCGAGCUGACAAAGUAAAAAUCUGUCAUUCUGCCCUUGAACAAGGCAGUUAACCCAGUGUUCCUAGGCCGUCAUUGUAAAUAAGAAUUUGUUCUUAACUGACUUGCCUAGUUAAAUAAAGGAUCAGAAAUGUAGGUAGUCACCUGGAAUGCAUUUAAAUUAACAGGUGUUUCUGUUAAUUUGUGGAAUUUCUUUCAUUCUUAAUGCAUUUGAGCCAAUCAGUUGUGUUGUGACAAUGUAGGGGUGGUAUACAUAAGAAAGCCAUAUUUGUUAAAAGACCAAGUCCAUUUCAUGGCAAGAACAGCUCAAGUAAGCAAAGAGAAAUGACAGUCCAUUACAGAAGAUCAGUCAAUCGGGAAAAUUUCAAGAACUUUGAAUAUUUCUUCAAGUGCAGUCGCAAAAACCAUCAAGCGCUAUGAUGAAACUGACUCUCAUGAGGUCCGCCACAGGAAAGGAAGACCCAGAAUUACCUCUGCUGCAGAGGAUAAGUUCAUUAGAGCUAACUGCAUGUCAGAUUGGAGCCCAAAUAAAUGCUUCACAGAGUUCAAGUAACAGACACAUCUCAACAUCAACUGUUCAGAGAAGACUGUGUGAAUCAGACCUUCAAGGUCGAUUUUCUGCAAAGAAACCACUACUAAAGGACACCAAUAAUAAGAAGUGACUUGCUUGGGCCAAGAAACACAAGCAAUGGACAUGAGACCGGUGUAAAUCUGUCCUUAGGUCUGAUGAGUCCAAAUGUGAGAUUUUUGGUUCCAACCGCCAUGUCUUUGUGAGAUGCAGAGUAGGUCAAUGGAUGAUCUCCGCAUGUGUGGUUCCCACCGUGAAGCAUGGAGGAGGAGGUGUGAUAGUGUGGGUGUGCUUUGCUUGUGACACUGUCUGUGAUUUAUUUAGAAUUCAAGGCACACUUAACCAGCAUGGCUACCACAGCAUUCUGCAGCGAUAUGCCAUCCCAUUUAGUUUUGGCUUAGUGGGACUAUCAUUUGUUUUUCAACAGGACAAUGACAUCUCCAGGCUGUGUAAGGGCUAUUUGACCAAGGAGAGCAGAUGACCUGGCCUCCUCAAUCACCUGACCUCAACCCAAUUGAGACGGUUUGGGAUGAAUUGGACCACAGAGUGAAGGAAAAGCAGCCAACAAGUGCUCAGCAUAUGUGGGAACUCCUUCAAGACUGCUGUAAAAGAAUUCCUCAUGAACAUGGUUGAGAGAAUGCCAAGAGUGUGCAAAGCUGUCAUGAAGGCAUUGUUUUGAUUUGUUAAACACUUUUUUGGUUACUACAUGAUUCCAUAUGUGUUAUUUCAUAGUUUUGAUGUCUUCACUAUUAUAUUCUACAAUGUAGAAAAUAGUUUUUAAAAAACCCUUGAAUGAGUAGGUAUGUCCAAACCUUUGACUGGUACUGUAUAUAUAUUUUUUAACAUUUUAUCCAGACUCUGCAACCUAGCCUUUUGCAGUCAUCCUACUGCACACUCAAAGAGAAGCAGGUAAUUUGCAAACAAAUAUAUUUUGCACUGACUAAUCCUCAAUGAUUUCAACCAAAAUUAGAGAUCACAUAGGAAACAGAGAUAAUGAGGAAUCAUUUCCAUUCUUUCAUUCACUUUUACUUGACCUCAUCACCAUAUGUAAUGCGAACCAGAGAUACUUCGACAAAUAUAGCCUUGAAACUGGAAACUUGUAGUGUCUGCGGUUCUUGACAGAUGUUGGAGACAGUUGAAACUGAGACAAUGAAACAGGUCGGGCUUCUGUCUGACAGCAGAAAUGUGUGUCUGGGUCUGUGUGUGCAUGUGUGUGUUCAACUGAUUUCAGCCAACCACUGCUGCCAUUGUCUGUUGGACUGGAGGCAUCUCAGUAGAAUAUAAAUAACUGUGUGGAGCUAAGAAUUGCCACUAGGUGUCAGGGUAGGUAUUCUUUGCUGCGAACACAGUUGAACUGAAAAUACUCACAACUAUGAUUUUUGAAGCACUUCCACAGACCUUUGACGCAUAGUGGCCCUGACGCAUAGUCCCCCUCACCCUAACAUACCGACAAUACCACACACACACACCUUAAUAUCGCCUUCAUCGUUGUGACCGAAAGGCCAAUUCACCCCUCCAGUGCCAGCAUCGUCAGUCUUGCAAAUGCUACUUAAAGGAAUGAAGUGGAAAUAACUGUCUAUUUCAUUGGGGAGAGAUGAAGAAUAAAAGCAAAAAUCCAGCACCCAUUUAAUGGAAUUAAAUAGGCUAGGUCAACAGCCUAAGAUAUGCAAUGACAACUUCCUAUUCAAAAUCUUGAUAGAGAGUAGAAAUACUAAACUAAACAAAAACAUGACAUUUCUCAUGUCACUUUUCAAACGUGAACAGAAAAUCUGCCUUAACUCUCACUUGUGUACUCUACAGUGCAGACGAUGAUGCUCGCUUGUAAGACUCCCCACUUUGUACAAAAUAAAAUGGACAAAAAACAACUUUGUUAUGUUGCUAGUGUUGAUGUAUAGAUGAUCAGCUUUCUGUGACUUGUAUGAACCCAACCCUCACAUUUUGUUAAAGGACCCUUCUUCCUACACCACCAACAAACAUCCUCCUUCCCCUUCUAUGUUUUAUCUAGUGGUGAAUUAUCAACCUUUGUGUACAUUUUAUAGUAUUAUUUAAUUAAAGUGAAGAAAACUGCAAGAAAUGGAUAUAACUGUUGUCUUUUUAUUAUGAAGUUGUUACUAUAACUUGUUGCCAAGAUUGCUUUGAAAAUAAUAAUUUUGUGCUGUAACAGUAUUUGCUUUAUUCAGUGAAUUGCUUAUGGAGACUAAUAAAUAGAGGCACACACCAA